GCCUGAGCAUCGUCCAUGGUGGGGAUUGGCCACGCGCCGACCAUCGCACGGUCCUCCCUGAUGGUUAAGAGCACACCCCUCGACCCCGGAACCCUAGCACCCCCACUUCCUUUCCCUCGCGCCGCUAUCACCCUCUCCUCCUCUGUCUCGUUCACCCGAGUGCGGUCUCUGAGCGCGUCGCCAUCGAUCCCGCGGCCGUCGACGUCUCUGGUGCACGGGAGCACAUCCAGGAGGUCUGACGUGGUUGUCUUCGUCCGUUCUGGGUACCAGAUCGAGCAGGAGACCACCACAGCACAAGGAUCGACAUCAUCUACAACCUUCGGGCACCGCGACACCAUCGACAGAUUCGUCACCGUCACUGCACCCCAGGCCUCCUCGAGCUCGCCCCUGGAACCGCGACCCCGAGACCGCUGUGAUCCAGUGAUCGACUACUUCACUGCCGAGGGUCCGUAUCUGUCUAUAGAGCUUCCAGAUGAUGGAUCACAGGAGCCAGACGACGCCUCUGAUGACUACUACUAUCCCAAGGGUGCCUACUACUACGUGAAGACAACCGACGGCUAGUAGUUCGGAGGCUCCCAGGCAGGAGACCUUGCCUUUUCGAUCGAUGUUGUUUUUGUGCUAGCCUUCUUAAGGAAAACUUGUUUAACUUAUGUCUGUACUCAGAUAUUGUUGCUUCCGUUGACUCUUGCGUAU